AUGUUGUCACGUGUGGGACUCUCCGCAAUGCGCGGCGUGCGCCUCAUGGCCACCGACGCCAAGAAAGCCGCGGCUUCGGUCGGUCAGAUCACGCAGAUCAUUGGCGCUGUGGUGGACGUCCAGUUCAAGGACAAUUUGCCGCCUAUUCUGAACGCUCUGGAGAUUAAGACCCAAGACAACACGCGCAUUGUGCUGGAAGUCGCCCAGCAUCUGGGCGAGAACACGGUCCGUACGAUCGCCAUGGAGGGCACGGACGGACUCGUGCGUGGCCAGGAGUGUGUGGACACGGGCAACCCGAUCAUGGUUCCCGUGGGUCCUGAAACCUUGGGCCGUAUCAUGAACGUGAUUGGCGAAUCCGUCGAUGAGCGUGGACCAAUCAACGCCAAGCGUUACGCGCCGAUCCACGCAUCUGCUCCUUUGUUGACGGAGCAGGGUUCGGGGGCUGAGAUCCUGGUGACGGGCAUGAAGGUCGUGGACCUCCUGGCUCCGUACGCCAAGGGCGGAAAGAUUGGUCUCUUCGGUGGUGCCGGUGUGGGCAAGACGGUGGUUAUCAUGGAACUGAUCAACAACGUGGCCAACAAUCACGGCGGUGUGUCGGUGUUUGCCGGUGUGGGCGAACGCACCCGUGAGGGAAACGACCUGUACUAUGAGAUGAUCGAGUCGGGGGUGAUCAAGAUCAAUGAGGACGGCACGACCACGGGCUCGAAGGCUGCGCUCGUGUACGGCCAGAUGAACGAACCCCCUGGAGCUCGUGCUCGUGUCGGUCUGACGGGUCUGACCGUUGCCGAGUACUUCCGUGACGUGGAGGGACAGGACGUGCUGCUGUUUGUGGACAACAUUUUCCGGUUCACGCAGGCGUGCUCGGAAGUAUCGGCUCUGCUCGGUCGUAUUCCUUCUGCUGUGGGAUACCAGCCGACGCUGGCCACGGAUCUUGGUGCGCUUCAGGAGCGCAUUACGUCGACGAAGAAAGGAUCCAUUACCUCGGUGCAGGCCAUUUACGUGCCGGCUGAUGACCUGACGGACCCGGCGCCGGCCACGACGUUCUCUCACUUGGACGCCACGACUGUGCUGUCUCGUCAGAUUUCUGAGCUGGGUAUCUACCCUGCUGUGGACCCUCUCGACUCCAAAUCUCGUAUGCUGGACCCCCGCAUUAUUGGCCAGGAGCACUAUGACGUGGCUCGUGCUACGCAGAAGCUGCUGCAGGACUACAAGGGUCUGCAGGACAUUAUUGCCAUUCUGGGUAUGGACGAGCUGUCGGAAGACGACAAGCUUACGGUGGCUCGUGCGCGUAAGGUGCAGAAGUUCAUGUCGCAGCCGCUGCACGUUGCUGAGGUGUUCACGGGCAAGCCGGGCAAGUUUGUGCCGCUCGUCGACACGAUCUCGUCGUUCAAGGACAUUAUCAGCGGUAACUACGACGACCUCCCGGAGGCUGCGUUCUACAUGGUUGGCGGCAUUGAAGAGGUGAAGGCUAAGGCUACCGCUCUGGCAGCUGAGCUGGACGAAUAA